AUGUCUAGUGGUAAACAACGAUCCAACCGAAACCGACCUCGAACAAUAAAUAAUAGUGAAUUAUCUAGAUCAGAAGUGCAUUUUUCUGAUAAUGAUUUCCCACCACUUGGUACAACAUCACAACAAAAUGCUGCUACUACUUCAACUUUCCAUACAAUGCAGCCAACAAUAUCAAGUAUACAUGAGGAGCAGUCUCUAACACAAAGUAACCAUUAUAUGCAAUCUGGAAAUAGAAGAAUUGUUGCUAAUAUUCAGCCUCUAGUGCCAUCUACUCAACCAUCAUUACAACCCUUAAUGACAAAAAAACCCAAUGCAAGAGAAAAAUUCCCAGUAGCGGAACAAAGACAAUUCGGAUCAGCUGUCUUACAUAAUGCAUCGAGUUCAGCAACAACAGAAAAUAUUGAGACUCAUAUAAUGCAUUCAAUCACUAUGAGUUCAAAUACAGCUACAGAUAAUAACUCAACUGUGACAAAACAACGACCUUUAACACCUCAUGAAAAUAAAAUCUAUGAGAAAAUAUGUGAAAUUAUUUUACAAAUUCACAAAAGUAAAAAUUAUGUAUCGCGUGAACAAGUUCAACGAGAAUUAUUUCAUUAUUUUAAUGUUAACUCGUGGCAUGACUUACGAGUUCAAGCAUCAAGAUUUGAUGCAUUGAUUAAUCUUACUGAUCGGCAAAAAGAUGUAACUUUUUAUAUGCACGUCUUUGAACAAACAUUUAAUUUAUGUACACUAAAUGAUCUUGAUGCACUUGUUGCUAGAUUUAUGAAAGUAGAAAAAUACGACGACCUCCUAUUAGGUCCACUUGAUAAAAAUCCAGAAGUACGAAGCAUAUUCAAAUAUAAACCAAUUGAUCCUAAUCAACCCAUUCCGAAAAUAACUACUGGAGAAGUCAUUAAAAAAUUCAUAGAUUUUCUCAAAUCAUGCCGACAUCAACGACAGAUGCCAUUUGAUAGAUUUCUCGAUCAGCUUGUUGAAGAAUAUCAACUUGAGUCACGUGAAGAAUUGGGUCUUUUUUGCAAGUCAUUUCCGUAUCUAGUGCAGGUCACCAAGAAUUUACUACGAGAACAGGACUAUCAUAUGCAACAAGUACAAGAAGAAUCAAAACAACAAAUUAUUGAAGAGGUUCGUGCUCAUUUGGCCGAGCUUAAAGAAAAAAUGCGCGAUGAAUUAGAACUUUCAUCGUUUAAUAAGAAAAAAACACCGACUGCUGUAUUCAAUUAUCUCGUAUCGAUUGUGGGUAAGUAUUUGAAUUUCAUUCCUGAACAACCACAAUUCUAUUGGAUCCUAACUCAACUUCGUGAUGAUGAAAUGUUGCGAUGUUUAUUCAACAUAAGCAUUUACUUGGGUACUAUUGAAAAGCCGGAAACAUUUAUGCCAGAACUUCAAAAACUUUAUGGUCAUCAAGAAAAAAUUCCAUCUUCACAAGACACAAUGACAACGCAACAAUUAUCUAUGCUCAAUGAAAAAAUGAGCAAAAAAGAUCGCAGAAAAAUGAAAGCUAUGAUGGAACAACAGCAAUCACAAUCAGGGUGUUCAAACUUAGCAGUCAACGAGCAGACGACAACAACAAAUACUACAUUUCAUACUCCUUUCAGUACAGAUUUCUCAAGCUCGUUCUUAACAUCUCAUCAUAUUAAAUCCAAAACACCAGUAUCGUUUAAACAACUUUGUUCUGAUAUCUAUGAUUAUCUAGUUCAUUAUGAUAUUCCACUCACAAUUGAAGAACUCCUCAAAGUUGAUGAGCAACUCUGUGCUCAAUACCAUGUUACUAGUUUUUCUGCAUUUUCCUAUGAUGAAAAUGACAAUGACGAUAAUCCUGCAAAUUUAAUAUCAUUUCUUAAUAAACAUCGCCACAUAAUUGAUCCACAUGACGAAUUAUCCGUUUAUGAACAAACAGCAUCGAUAGAUGAUCAAACGGAUUUAUGUUCAUUUGUUCAACAGUUAAACAUUAUCAAUAAUGAUGAAAAAAAUGAAGAAUAUCAAACCCAACAUGUAGCCUUAACUCAUGGACAUAUACACACUAAACAAAUAUAUAUAAGUGCAGAAAAAUUAUCAGCAGUAGAAAAGGCUAUUAAACAUAAAUUUCGUGGAUCUGUUAGUUUUCGUAGAGGAAAUCAAAUAAUACGGAAAGCUAAAAAGCAAUUUCACAAAAAUAAACCUACAAUUCUUCGCUUCGAAGAAUCAUUAUUAGAUGUCAAUGGUUUAAAUCAAUUGGACAUUUGUCCUAUAUCAUUAAAUGUUAAUGAAACUCAACUUUGUCAAUUAAUACUUCAUUG